UUAAAUUCCAACAUUAAAAUACCAUGCCCCUCCUAUAGACAGCUACAUACAAUGCAUGCAUAAUUUCAUACUUUGUCAAAAAGCCCAGCACUGCUGUACACAUGGUAACGCUCCACCAGCCGACCUGUACAAAUAAAUAUAUACAUACAUAUAUACAGACAUAUAUAUAUAUAGAGAGAGAGAGAGCGCUCUAUGAGACAGAAGUUUGUUGUGUUGAUUUCUUGAAGUGGUGUGUUUUGAAGUUUCUUGGGGUGGUGGUACAGAAUUGAACAUCUGAGUAUUAUUAAGAAGGUGAAGAUUGAAGAAUAUGGCAAGUUUUGCAGGGACAACACAGAAAUGUAAGGCCUGUGAAAAGACUGUAUACUUAGUGGAUCAACUCACUGCUGACACCAAGGUUUAUCACAAGACCUGUUUUAGAUGCCACCACUGCAAAGGGACUCUCAAGCUCUAUAUGCAUUUCUUAUGGAGAUGGCUAAUAUGUCAAGUUUUGCUCUGCAGCUGAGUAAUUACUGUUCCUAUGAAGGGGUCCUGUACUGCAAACCACAUUUUAAUCAGCUAUUCAAGAUGACUGGGAGCUUGGACAAGAGCUUCGAAGGCGCCCCAAGAACUGCUAGAGCCGAUAGGUCCACCGAGCAGGCCCCAACAUAUAGCAAAUUUUCGAGUUUGUUUGCAGGAACUCAGGAUAAAUGCGUUGCUUGCAACAAAAAAGUUUACCCCCUUGAAAAGGUAGCAGUUGAUGGCUCGUCGUAUCAUAGAACUUGUUUCAAGUGCAGUCACAGUGGCUGCGUGAUAAGCCCGUCAAAUUACAUUGCCCACGAGCACCGGCUCUAUUGCAGGCAUCAUCACACUCAGCUCUUCAAACAAAAAGGUAACUUCAGCCAACUAGACAAAGUAAACGGAACAGCCUGAAUCGACGUUAGCAAGUUCGACAAAUGUGAAAAAUACGCCAUAUCAGAUUUAGACACUUCAGCAUUCUGAGCUGCAGGUGCAUGCAGCUCCUAUGUCUAUAUUACAGAAGUUAAAACUGGAUGAUUCAUUCUGUUACUUGGUGACAUUCUAUGCAUAUCUUCUUUUCAAAUGCUUGUUGAUGCUUAAGAAGGGAUUUCUGAUACGGGCCAACGAGCUUUUCUUGUUUCGAGUUUGCUUCUCGUGUCGAUUCUUUUUCGACUGUCAUGUACUGCUUGCAUUCAUGCUAUAUAGUUCUUCUUUCAUUUUCUUGAUCCAGAUUAGAGCCAACAUGUUAUGUAAGCUGAAAGUUUGUUUAAUUGAUUACUCCCUUUGGUUUUAUUGAUGA